AAAAUACUGGGAUUUUCAGUUUCCUCAUCAUUUAUAGUAUCUUCAGAAUGAAGUCAAAAGAAUGUUUGGGAAGAGAUUGUUUUUUCUAGCUGCAAAAAAUCGUUCUCUGAGCACCAGUACUGUCAGCCAUGCUCGGCUUUCGUAUCAGUUUGUGAUCGUCGGAGGCGGAGCGGGAGGUUUAUCAAUCGCUUCUUCUCUUUGUAGGAAGUUUGGGAAGAAUAGUACUGCAAUAGUUGAACCUUCAGAGUUUCAUUAUUUUCAACCAAAAUGGACCCUGGUAGGAGGUGGAAUCAAGGAGUUCCAUGAAUCGCAGGCAAGAACAAGAGAUGUAAUGCCUAAGCUGACUAGUUGGUAUAAAACUGGUGCUUCAGAAUUCAAACCAGAUGAUAACUUGGUCAUCUGUGAAGAUGGCACAGAGCUAAGCUAUGAAUAUUUGAUCAUUGCUGUAGGCCUUCAGAACAGGUUUGACUUAGUUAAAGGCUUACCAGAGGCCCUACACACUCCUGGUGUUGGUUCAAACUUUGCUCCAGGGACUGUAGUCGACACCUGGAAAAGCAUUAAGAACUUCAAGGGUGGGAAUGCUAUCUUUACGCUGCCAAACACACGCAUCAAAUGCCCUGGAGCCCCCCAGGAAAUCAUGUACAUUGCAGAGGAGCAGUUCAGAAAGAUGGGCAUCAGACACAAGAGCACUGUAAUGUUCAACUCUGCUCUUGAUAAGAUAUUUGGUGUUGAGAAGUAUGCUAAGCUCCUGAAGAGGAUCAUCAAGAACAGAGAUAUCAAAUUGAACUUCUUGCAAAACCUUGUGGAAGUAAAUGCCGAAACUCGAAAAGCUAUAUUUGAGAUUCUGGAUGGAGCAGAUCCUGAAAACAAGAAAUAUGAGACAUAUAAAUAUGAUUUACUUCAUGUCACCCCACCAAUGAGUGGUCCAGCCUGUCUUGAUGGCAGCCCAAUAUCAGACAAAGAUGGUUAUGUUGACGCUGACCAAGUAACUUUACAGCACAAAAUAUACAGAAAUAUAUUUGGUGUUGGGGAUUGUACCAACGUACCAACAGGGAAGACUGCCGCUGCCGUUGGCGUGCAGUGUAACACCUUGAAGAAAAAUUUGUUGUCAUUAAUGAAAGGGAAGCCUUUAGCUGAAAAGUAUGAUGGCUAUUACACAUCUUGUCCCCUAGUGACUGGAUAUGGUAAACUCAUCUUAGCCGAGUAUGGCUAUACCUGUAAGCCUCUAGAGACCUUUCCUUUUGACCAGGGCAAGGAAAGAAUGUCAAUGUACUUUUUGAAACAAGAAAUCUUACCACAAGUAUACUGGCAUGGCCUGAUUAAGGGCCUGUGGCCUGGUGCUUGUGUGGCUCGCAAAGCUUUUCACUUGGGAUUAAAAUAAUAGCAUAUUUAUAUAAAAUAUUUAUGCAAAAGCAAGGACAGGUGGCUGUUACCUAAGCUUUGUAAAUUUUUCUUAAAUAAAACAUGUGAGGUCUUAAAGGAAUUGCGUGACAAAGUGACAAUAAAAUAUUGCUGUGUUGCUAGACUAAGGAUUCAUUCUUGCAGAGUUAGCCUCGAUUUCGUGUGAAAUUCAUGUUUUCCAGUGAAGGUCGGUGAAAUUUCAAAGUGUUUGUAUUAUUGAAGUUGUGCAUUCUUUAAUUUAUCAUUGGUGUUCGUAAAUAUUUUGACAUUCAAAUUAGGCUAACCUAAUUGUGUAAAUAAAACCGUAGUCAACACAGGGGUCUAAGUUUUACAAAUUUGAAAAGGGUUAUAUUUGGUAACCCAUUAUUUUUCCAUUCAGUACACAAUUCCUGUAUAACAAUUAGAGAAUAUAAAAUUUAUAGUCACCCAUUUUUUAAUAGGUUUCAUGCAUAGAUAUUUAUGAGGGAGGCAAAAGGUUUGGGUUUGGAGAAUUGUUCUCUUGCUUUCAAGAGGAAUUUUGUAACCAAAAAAAGCUGUCAUUAUUGGUGCACCUAGAUAAUUUAAGAAAAAAAUAAAAGCUAAGAAAUGAAAA